AUGCUGAUGUCAGUCGUCCUUCGUUAUUUCCGCACGGUUUUCCUACUGCUGCUGGUCACCUGCAGCUGCCCGCUUUUCAGAUCCUCCCUGGCUGCCUCCAAUGCGCUGCACAACCUGGGCGACUUCACCUACCCUUACAGCAGCAUCUUCUCUCCGCUGCUCAAAGCCCUGUCAGAGCACGGAGGGUCGAGGUGGAGCCCAGGACUAAGGAAAAAGAUGAAACCUGAGCACAAGUACAUGAAAUAUCUGACGGAGGUGUAUAAGAAGUCCUCCAGAGUGCAGAGGAGUGUGGACGGGAAUAAAGUCUACAACACAGUCCGACUGAUCAAGCCCCAGGAUGAAUGCCUUGCACUAAGUAAUAAAGAGAGUUUUAUGCAGGAUCUCUCCUACAGCCUUGAUCAAGUCAGAAGAAAAGAACAGCUCCUGAAGUCGGCCCUCUUGUACAGUUUUGACCACGACCAUGUAUCACCUGUUAACUCCGUGUGCUACCUCAGCCUCAAAGAGCAGGAGCACUCAAACCAGUGUCGGCUGUGUCCUGGUGUCCACCACACUGUGAACUUCACAGUCAACACAGAAAGGCGGAGCAGGAGGGACUGGCUGGAGGUUGACGUCACCACGUUUCUCCGGCCUCUCUUAAAGUUUCAAAAGAAGAACAUACACCUGUUGAUCAACGUCACCUGCCCAGAUGGUGAUGGACACAAGGGCCCGCUGAAGUUCACCCUGAGGUCUCCUCCUCUGCUUCUUUAUCUCAAUGACACCAGCAAAGUUGCCCACCAGAGGUUUCUGGUCAGUGCCAAAGCAGGUCAAAGGCCAGCCACUGCGGCGAACACAUUUCACAAGCAGAUGGUUUUCAAACCAGAGCAGAGGGCUGGGCGAAAGAGGAGAUGGAAGAGGGAAUCUUCAAAGAUUAAACGAGGCGAUAAAAGUCUGGAUAUCCACCUGCCUGAGCUUCUUCCAAGCUCUGAGUUCCCGACAAGUGACUGUGCCUUGUAUGAUUUCAGGGUACGAUUCAGCCAGCUCAAACUGGACCACUGGAUUGUUUUUCCACCAAAGUACAACCCCAGGUACUGCAGAGGCAUCUGCCCUAGGACCAUGGGCUUCAUCUACGGCUCACCUGUCCACACCAUGGUGCAGAACAUCAUCUAUGAGAAGCUCGACUCCUCUGUGCCCAGGCCCUCAUGCAUCCCCUCCCAUUACAGCCCUCUGAGUGUCAUGAUCUUUGAAGAGGACGGCUCCUAUGUCUACAAGGAGUUUGAAGACAUGGUUGCCACCAGGUGCACAUGUCGCUAAGCCAGCCACCAACAUGUCUGUUCUGUUUUCCUCCUUUUUUACAGGCUGAACAGAACAUCACCACAACCCUCGUCAACAGUCAUCACAGGUGGACUCUAUCCAAGUGUUGGAUAUUCUGACCAGGUUCAGUGAUUUCAUACAUCUAUAAAAUCGUUGUGCAUGAAGUUUGAUCUGGAGCAGGUGUGUUUACUUAAUCAAGUGUGUUUACUUAAACAAAAAGUAUUUUAUCCUUGUGAAAAAUAUGGGAACGUGACAUUUAUUUCCUUUUUGUUAUGGCAUGAUGAGAGAGGACACCAGUGCAUCCUUUUCUUCAGCUUUACUGUUAGCAGCAUAGUAUUGAAUCGAACACACUUAUAGAAGGAAAAUUAGUGUUGUAUGAUUUUGCAUAUUUUUUUAAGUUAGUUUUCUGUUAACUUAUUUUGGGUGCGUUGUCUGUCAUUAUCCUUUAAUUUAACACAAUGGCCAAGUUUUAAGUAGCCCUGUUCUGGACAAAAGAUGGAAAAAGCAGUCACAAACUCUUAACAAACCUUUUACAUAUCGUUUUAUUCCUGGGGAUUACAAACAGCUGUCUGAGUGGCAGCUGUCUUCAUAAUGUCCAGAAUGAAAGUUGUCAAGGUUUCAGUGUGUAUUUAUUACCUCUGGUCACCGCGUGACUGCGUAGGUAUGAACUGAAGUCAUACUUAUGAAAUUGUACUGGUUAAUUGUGACGAAAUGCAUGUCAUGUCUAUUUAUGCAAAUUGAAUGAAUUCACUGUGUGUCUGUGAUCAGCUUAGCGAUAUUCCAAAGAGUGAAAAUAU